AUGCAAAAUAACAAACCCACCCCAACGCUAACAACACCCAAAGCGAUACCAACGGAACCAGGAAAAAUCGUAGAAGCGGAAUGUUAUUGCGGAGACGACACCAAAGAAGUUGGGCCUGACCUCUCAUCCGAGCAAGGAGAUGACCCAUUUUCUGAUGGUGUUGUACAGGUGGAGAAAGGUAGUGACAGAAAUGGUAAAACGGCUAUUUGCCAUGGUGGGUCUUGGGCUGUUCCCCUGGGUUCCCUCUGGUCAGCUUCGACUGAGAAGUGGCUCGUAGAAUUGGAGUUGAAUCUUGGGGAUUUGAUAUGGUUGCCGUUCAAAGAUUGGAGCUUUGUUCUUAAUUCUGCGGCGGCUCUCAGACCCUUGAGGGAGAGAACUAGGUCCUGGGAUGAUGAGGAUAUCUCACUUCAUUUGUAUGUUAUUGAUAUGUCACUUUCUCAGCAGCUGUUUACAACAAAGGACAAGAGCAAUUUAGGUCCAUUUUCACAAUGGAACAUAACAGGAACUUACAAAGGGACUUGGAAAUUUUUGGAUACCACAAAUGGCUCUUCCAGAUUUCCAGACAUCAGAAAAACAAAUGGGAAUUCUGGGGUGGUUAUAUUCCAUGAUGUGUUUGACAAUGAAUACGAUGUUGGUGGUGCCCAAAUCAGAAUAGAAGGUGUAUACAUAUGGCCUUUUAGACAGCUUCGAAUGGUCGCCAACAGUGGAAAAGAAGGGGAGUUGAAUCAUAAUGAAGAUUAUAUUUUAUCUAAUCCAUAUCAUCUGCUAGGAGUUUUCUCAUCUCAGGUACUGCAAGAUUCUUCGCGAGAUAAGAUGUGGAGAAGAAAACAUUCACUGAUUCAUGACACGGAGAAACAUUGUAACAUCGAAAUUGCUGCUCAGAUUUCACACUUGCCAUCAUCAAAUAGUGAAGGUGAACAUGAUCAUUUUCAUCUAGAAGGGUUAAUGGAGAGCCCCUCUGCAGAUGAUGAUGGGGACUGCUUCUCACCAUUACUGUUAAAUGCAACAUCUGUCAAAAUUGAGGUCUACUAUAACAAAGCAGUGAACUAUACCUUGAUGGUUACUUUUGUUUCUUUCUUACAAGUCCUUCUAUUAAUUCGUCAAAUGGAGCAUAGCAGCACUCAAUCUGGUGCUGCUAAGGUUUCAAUAUUAAUGAUUGGCCAGCAAGCAAUAAUGGAUGCCUAUCUUUGCCUUUUACAUCUCACUGCAGGAAUACUAGUUGAAUCCUUGUUUAAUGCUUUUGCAACUGCUGCAUUUUUCAAGUUUGUAGUCUUCUCAAUAUUUGAGAUGAGAUACCUCCUUGCCAUCUGGAAGGCAAGUAGGCCUUUGAGUAAUGGUGAAGGUUGGGAAACAAUGAGGCGAGAACUUUCAGUUUUAUACAGUCGAUUCUAUGGGAUCUUGUUGGGAGGCAUUCUACUCAUGUAUGAGUUCCAUAAUUAUUUGAGACCUAUUCUUCUUCUUAUGUACUCUUUUUGGAUACCUCAGAUAAUCACCAAUGUUAUUCGUGAUUCACGCAAACCAUUGCAUCCUCAUUAUAUCUUAGGGGUAACUGUCACUCGGCUAGCAAUCCCAUUGUACAUUUUUGGUUGCCCUAACAACUUCAUGCGCAUAGAACCAGACAAGAGCUGGUGUGUUUGUUUGACUGUAUUUAUUGGCCUUCAAGCUGCAAUUCUCUUACUUCAGCAUUAUCUUGGGUCACGUUGGUUCAUUCCUCGACAGAUUCUCCCUGAGAAAUACAGCUAUUAUAGGAGGUUUGAUCAUGAAACAAGACAUGCUACAGACUGUGUGAUUUGCAUGACAGCCAUUGAUCUUUCCCAGCGAUCCAAUGAUUGCAUGGUGACACCUUGUGAUCAUUUCUUCCACUUUGGCUGUUUGCAAAGAUGGAUGGAUAUAAAGAUGGAGUGUCCAACUUGCCGGCGCCCAUUACCCCCUGCCUAA